UAUUUACAGCGAAUGCUUAUUCCGUCGACAACUGCUCUCCAUUUAACGAGUCUUCGUUUCAAUGACUUCAGUCUCGACGAGGAUAUGAUGAUCAGAGGCUGUAUUCGUAUGUUUCUUGAUCUCGAUUUAAUUGAGAGAUUUCACAUCGACUACAAAAAUACUCAGUAUUGUCGAGUGUUUGGUGAAUUGGAAACAUUAGCUCUAUUGGUGGCCUGUCUUUGCCAUGAUUUGGACCAUCGUGGCACUAAUAAUUCGUUUCAAAUUAAGUAACUUAAUUAUACGAUAAAUAAAAUGUGGCAUAUAAUAAAAUUAAUUAAAAUUAAUAAUUGAUAGAUCAUGUUCGCCAUUAGCGCAACUUUAUUCGACAAGUACAUUAGAACAUCACCACUUCGAUCAGUCAUUAAUGAUAUUAAGCAGUCAAGGCAAUCAAAUAUUAAGCCAUCUCUCGCCUGAAGAAUAUCGUAGAGUUGUUCACGUAUUAGAAGAAGCAAUCCUUGCAACGGAUUUAGCCGUUUAUUUCAGAAAAAGAGGGCAUUUCUUCAGAUUAGUUGAAUCCGAAGACUACGACUGGACGGGUAAUGAAGAGCACAGAUCGCUAUUAAGGUCUUUACUGAUGACUUGCUGUGAUAUCGGAGCCAUAACUAAACCAUGGUAUGUUUCCCAUAUAUUA